AUGCUUAUACUGACGGCUCGACAAUUAGCGACGAGUGGCCACAAACUGUAUCCGACGCACAUUCCCAUUUCCGGAUUGCAACGCACGAUCCUUGCCGCUGGAUCGGCUGUCACAGCUUUAAGAAAUCCACUUCGUGGCGAUAUGGUGGCUGCUUUGGGCGAAACUACAGGCUACUAUUUCUUGAAACGCAUGCGCGAUCAGAUGCUUCAAUCCGAUACAGGUCGACAAAUUUUGCGUGAACGACCGGCUAUCCAUACAUCAUCCUUGAAUUUCGACGAAUUACGCGCGACAUGUGCUCCCGGCACGUUCGGCUAUGCUUACGUCUCGUGGCUUGACGCCGAAGGUGUGACACCUGAUACACGUUGUCCUGUUCAUUUUGUGGACGACGAAGAGUUGGCCUAUGUUAUCAAGCGGUAUCGAGAAAUCCACGACUUUUUCCAUACACUGACGGGAUUGGGAGUCACGGUUGAAGAGGAGCUUGCUCUGAAGUGGUUUGAGUGGGUGCAAACAGGGUUACCCAUGACCGCACUUUCUUCUCUUUUUGGCCCGUUGCAACUAUCUUGGCAUGAACGACGCCGUCUCUAUGGCACUUUUGUCCCAUGGGCACUCCAAUGCGGCGCUUCUUGCACUCCGCUCAUGAACGUCUACUUCGAGAAGCAGUUUCAUACACCGCUGGGAGAACUUCGAAAAUCCUUGGGCAUCAUUCCCGCUCCACCCUUACACUGA